CAAAUUACCGUCCGUCGGAUUUUGUUUUUUCUUUGUGCAAGAUCGAGAAAAAAAAUGUGAAUCUGGAGGAAGGAGCGAACUCCAAUCGCCAUUGGAAAUUCUAGGCGAGAGCUAGCGGAGUCGCGAUCUGAGAAUCAUGGCGGUCGCAGCCUCGCCGGCCGGCGACUGGGACGAGCUGCGGAGAGAAGCACGGCGGAUCGAAGGCGACCUCGACGUCCGCCUCUCCUCUUACGCUAAACUCGGAGGUUAUUCGGAUCCGAAGAGCCCUGCGAGCGAUUCGCAGUGGAAGUCGAUGGAGAUGGAAAUCGAGACUCUGCUGGCGAGGCUGACGGACGUCAACGAGGCGAUGAGCAGGUGCGCCGCUGCCGCCUCGUCGACGACUUCUGUGGCCCAAAAGCUCACCAGGCACAGAGACAUCCUUCACGAGUUUGCCCAGGAGUUCAAGCGAACAAGGAGUAACAUACUGUCAAAAAGGGAGCAUGCUGAGCUACUUACAUCAGUUCGCAAUGAUAUAAGUGAAUACAAGGCUGCAAGCAGCACACAAUCAGCACCAAGUUUACUGAGAGAGCGUGCUGCUAUACAUGGAAGUAUUUCUCACAUUGAUGAGGUGACCAAUCAAGCGGAGGCAAUAAGGGGUGUAUUGGCAACUCAAAGAAGUACUUUCAGUGAUAUUCAAGGAAAAGUAAAACAAUUGAGUGACAGAUUCCCCAUGAUCCGCAAUAUACUAGGAAUGAUAAAGAGGAAGAAAUCCAAAGACACCAUAAUUCUCUCCGCUGUUAUUGCAGGAUGUACAUUAUUUCUUAUCCUUUACUGGUUCUCCAAGUGACUACCUAUAAUUGUGGCUUGCAAUCAAUUCAAAAUGUUAGCCUCUAAAUCUAUUGUGACGAUUUAGUGGUCUCUGAAUUAUGGCCUCGAGGAGCAAUCUUCCACAGGUGUCCAUUUGCAAGUUUAAGCAUAUAUAUUAGUUCCCAAGGGAGGAUAUGUUGUUGCAAGUUCUCAAAUAAUUUUGGGAUUUGAUUGAUCGACAAAUACAUUUAGUAAUGGAGUAAAGAUUUUCGUGGACAGUAAA